AUGGAUGCUAUCGAGUCGCAAACGGAUCUGCAAAACCGACCCGGAAUCUUCAUCAUCGGAUCCUCGAACGUCGGCAAACGGACUCUCAUAUCCCGAUUGACCUCUAUUGAUGCUGAGGAUGCUUUUGAUUCGGUUUCUGAAGUGAAUGUCCUUGGGUGGACUAUCAAUAAUAAGUACUAUACUGCUGAUGUUUCUGUAUGGAUGGCUCAUCUUCGUGAUGAUUUUUCUGCUGGAAGCAUGCCCGUGUUUCGACGAAUGACUGCAUUGGUGAUGGUUUUUGACAUGAAUGAACCAUCUUCGCUAACUGCACUUCGAGAAUGGGUGUCUCGCACUGAUAUUCAGAACUUUGACAUAUUACUGUGUAUUGGAAACAAAGUGGAUCUGGUUUCUGGGCAUCCAGCUCAUUCUGAAUACAGAAGGCGGUUGUUGAAGCUAGAAGAAUCUGCUGUAGAUCUUUACUCAGAAGAGUAUGGAAUAUCUGAAUCAGAGGGGACUAGUUUAUUGGGGGAUGAAGCACCAUCAUGGGACAUCAGAAGGUCCUGUUUGGAAUGGUGCACCGAUCACAAUAUUGAGUUCAUUGAGGCAUGUGCAUCCAAUGCUGAUUUUGACAAAUGUUUGUCCAUUGAUGGUGAUUUACAAGGAGUUGAACGUCUCUAUGGUGCUCUUUCUGCUCAUAUGUGGCCUGGAAUGGUAUUGAAAUCUGGUGAUAGGAUAAAUCAACCAUCAUUUCCUGAGAAAGAAGAGUUAUCUUCAGAUGAAUCUGAUUAUGAACCAGAGUAUGAGGUAUUAUCAGCUGGUUCGGCUGAUCCCUGGGAAGAAAGUGAACAAGGAUGGGUUUCUGCAUCUUCCUUAGAUGCAGGGGGAUCAUCUACUCAAAACUAUCCCUGUGUAGAGGGUCAACAUCAGGAUGGAAUUAAAUCUGAUAAAGAGUCUGCGCCCACAACUUCAAGUGCUGAAAUUCAAGAUAAGAAUGAGAAGGAUGUGCUGCACAAUAUCAUGGAUUCCGAAGGAGAUGAGAAGGCAGACGAUGGUAAAUAUCUUGACUUAGAGGAUUUGGAACAGUUGAUGUCUGAGAUUGGGAAUAUGCGUGAAGGCUUAAGAUUGAUGCCUGAUUUUCAAAGAAGGGAAAUGGCUGCAAAACUAGCCAUGAAAAUGGCUACCAUUUUUGGAGGAGAGAGUGAUGAAGAGAAAAUUUAG